AAAUUUAUAUAGAAAAAAAAAAUAAAUGAAAAGGACAAAAGACAUCUUUCCAAAUUUUGGACCAUCCAUCCCACUCAAGGAAUUUCUAAUUUUCUUCCAUUUUAAUUUCUUUGGAGUCGUAAUUUUUUCUGGGCUCCUAAGUUGGGGAUGAAAAUUUAAACUUCUGAAAUUAAGAAAAUGAAUAAAUGGUUAACUACUUUAACUUUUUUAUGCUCAAAUCGGCGAGUCUGUUUUUUAUUUGGAGGAAAUUCAAAGGGAAGGUUACUUCUAGCUGUCUUGCUAAAAAUCUGUACUAAAAAAUUAGGCAAACAUUAUACAACCUUGACUUUGUGGAGCUUGAAAGUUAGCUAUAUAUUUGACUUUUGGUUUGCCUUUAAUGAACUAUUUAUUGUUUUGUUUCACUUAAAAUUAUGUUCUUACAUCAAUUAAAGUAUCAUAAACUUGGCUUGUCCAAUUGAAUUUGUCUUCCUCAGAUACUUUAGUUUAAUGUCACACCCUGCCUUUUUUGCAGCGAUACGAUAGCUCUGUGAGAAUUGAUUGGACAUCAGAGGCCUUUUGCUUCAUAUACUUGUAGUAAUUUAUCAAAAGGUUGUUUCUUUUGGCUGCUAGAAUUUUUGUGCAACUUAUCAUUUGAUGUAAAUAUUCAACCUACCAAUCUUCAAAUGAUUCACAAAGUUAAUUCUCAACAACUCCAAGUCCUUAGAAAGCUACAAAAGGCUGUAAUUUCAACCAGAGAUAUGAAGUGUUCUUGUUCUUGCAAAGUCACAUUUAGAGUUUAAAAGAGUUUUUUUCAUGAGUAUUUAGAAGAGUUUUUCACGAGUUUUCUCCAUGGGUAGGUUUAAUAGAAUCAUUAUGAUCAUUUUGAUUAUUUUUCUUUUUCCUGUCAUUGCACAAGCACCUUCUCCACCAAAAGCUGGUUCUGUUAUUCCACAAAACUUCACCAUUGUUAUUGGAAUCCUCUCCAUCAUGUUCUCCAUGGUUUUCAUCCUUGUUGUUUAUGCAAAAUUCUGUCACCCGACUUCCCAUUUUCGUGGCGAACCACAGGCUAAUCUCAGGCAUGGACUUCUCAGAUCAGACUCAAGAUUUUCUGGGGUUGAUCAAAAGGUUAUCGAUGCACUUCCUUUCUUUAGAUUCUCAUCACUCAAAGGAUCAAGGGAAGGGCUGGAAUGUGCUGUUUGCUUAUCCAAAUUUGAGGACAUUGAAGUCCUUCGGUUGCUUCCGAAAUGCAAGCAUGCCUUUCACAUUGGCUGUAUAGACCAUUGGCUCGAAAAGCACUCGAGCUGUCCCAUUUGUCGGUGUAGGAUAAGUGUCGAGGACGUUGCAUUCUUUAAAUCUAACAGUAUAAGACUAAUCAGGAACAACAGCCAGCCAGACCUGCCACAAGAUUCACAUAUGGAGCUCUUUGUGCUGAGAGAGGAAAAUCAUCAUUACUCUUCAAGGUCCAACGACGGAACCAGCUUCAGGAAAAUAGGAAAAGAAAUGCUUGGGGCCAUGUCCAGCAGUAGAUUCUCUUCUUUGGAAUCAGAAAGCAUUCGCCGAUCAGCAACAAGAGAAAGAGAGGGCAAAAGGACUUCACAAAUUAAGGAAGCGAUGGAAAUGAAGAGAUCAUUUGAGAGGAGGAUAAGCAUAGCUGAGAAAAAUAGCUUAGUUUCAAUCUCAGGAAUUUCAUCUACCUCAGAUUCUAAUGCAAGUACAUCAAAGACAACAAAUCUUAAUGAAAGAUCUGUCUCAGACACCACUGCAUUUUCAAGAUUUGGUUAUUUUAAUGAGAAUGCAAUAAGAGACAGUUCUAUGAUUGAAGCUGAUGCAAAAAGUUACAGAAUUAGGCAGCUAUGGUUGCCAAUAGCUAGAAGAACAGUGCAAUGGUUUGCCAAUAGGGAAGAAAGGUCUCGACUCUCAAAGUACACACAGCAGCCAGAUGCAUAGACAAAAUGAAUCUCAAGGGUUUGCAAUCCAUGUUUAAAAAUAGUCAUUUGAUUUUUUUCUAAUUAUGUAAAAUGGAUCUUUUUGUUCUUUUUUUCUCUUGGGUGUUGUUUCAGAAGUGAGAGGCUGCUAUCUUCUAUUCCAAAAGUUUGAGUUAUUUUGGUGACUUUUCUUAAAUGUAAACAUGAACCUAAGAUGGUUAAUCUUUUCUUCGUUUCCUUUUAAA